CUUUGAACUCUGUUCACAAGUUGGCCAACUUUUCCCUCAGCAGCAGCAGCAGCAGGAGCAGCCCAGGAGCAGGAGCUGCGCUCAGGAGUGUAUGUGUCCGGGGAUCGCGCGAUGCCUCGGAACUGACCGCUUUCCCACUGAAUCACAAUGGCACCGUUUGGGAAAAACUUUCUGAAAGCGCGACUGAAAAGCAAAUCCAAUGAAACAAAGGAGGCACCAGCAAAAGAAAUCCAAGUUUUAGUAGGCAAAGAGGACAAAGUUGUUUCUGGUGUUACCAAGCAUACAACCUGUGCUGAUGUGGUUCAGGCUUUACUGGAAGACCAUAAGACAUUACCAGAAAGUAAGAGGCUCCUACAUGGAGAACCAAAAGAGUUCUGUCUUCUGGAGCGGUGGAAGGGGUUUGAAAGGGCUCUGCCUCCCCUUACUCGUAUCCUCCGCUUGUGGAAUGCAUGGGGUGAUGAGAGGCCCUUCAUACAGUUUGUCUUGGUGAAGACUUCUGAGUUUAUACCCAAAAGGGCUUCGAAAUCUAAGGGGCUCAGGUCUAAGAGAUGGGAGCAGGGUUCAGUGCAGUAUUCCAGGACCCUUCCUGUGGAGCGGCAGAAACGCAUGGUGAAGAAGGCCUUUCGCAAACUGGAGAAAAUGCAGAAGGUGGGAAGCUCGGAAGGUUCGGAGGAAAUUGACAAAAUGGUGCAACUUGUCAUCUCCCAGGAUUAUACCAUCCGACAGCAGCUCCACCACAUCAGGCAAAUGGACCUGGAGCUCGAGCUUUUGGAGCAGCAGCUGAAAGAAAGCUGUCUGUCUGAUUUUGGGCUUAGUGAUAGUGCAAAAAGCCAGUUGCUUUCCAUGUCUGUAUUUCAGCACGAGGAUCAACUGCAGGAAUACUUGUAUACCAGUGAUGGAAUUGCACAAUUAGACCUACAGGUGCUCAGACAUCAGGAACUCAUUAAUGAGCUCUCUAGAGACAUUGACCUGGAGCUGAGGAAAGCCGUUUGCACAUUGGACACUGAGGAACUUGAGGGGGCAACAGCUACAAAUCCUGCUUUGGAGUAUGAUCCCAUCUCUUCCCUGUCGUCUUCAGAAUCUGUAGAGCUGGAUACCUUGCAAAGUGAGUUGAAGGCUAGUAUGAGAGCAGGGAUUUCCCUCCAUACCCAAACCCAGGACCUUGAAAAGGAGCUUCAAUAUAACACAACAUUGCUGCAGUCAAGAAACCAGGAGUACCAACAUCUUAUAGCCCAGUUGAGCUUAAUGCAGCUGGAGGAAUGUGCUGAGCCACCAAACCCUGUUUACCCGAAGAGCUCUGUCAGGCCUGGUGUCUCUCAGACCACAGGGACUCUUAGACAGAAACUUUCACCUAGUGAUGUGACAGACACUGACUCGGAUACUGGUAUAAGCUCUACUCAUAGUCAGGACUCAUUGUCUCCUUGCAUGGACAGACAGCCCCCCCUGGACACUGAUGUCUAAAUGAUAGACCUGUAAAAAAACAAGCAACAGAAAUGGUUAAAACAUGCAUACAUAUAUAUCAGUGGCAAUAGUGGUGGAAAAAUGUACAUUUAUCAUUUUGCUUUUAUAAAUAGCCUAGCUAUGAAAUAAGCAUUAUUUAUAAGACAAGUCAUACCUCUUGUGCGAGCUAAUGGUGGACAUAAUCAACAUCUCAAUCAGUAUCAGUCAGUAAUAAAUUAGAAAGUAUCAACUGUA